GCGCUUCAUAACCCGACAAGCAAAUAAAACCGAGGCUGCAGGUUUACAACAAAUGGAGCUCGUCGUGUUGUAGCGAGUACAGGCUGGGUUCGAGUCCAGGUUAAAUCGAAUCCGCUGAAAACUCAAUGCGAGGUCUAGCGCGAUAAUAUGAAUAAACAGCAAACGUGGUUUCGCCGAACUCUAGAAUGGGACCGAACCACACGACUUCCCUGGUGCUUCUCGCAGUGGCUGCUUGGGUCGCGGUGACUGUCAAAAUAUCAGCAGCUGCAUCUUGCGUGGACCCAGACCGCUUCUUUGACCACGUCUCCUGGGUGGAACAGCAGCCUGCCCCUCGCCAGCUCUUCUGCCCUCUAGACAAGGCCAGCCGGCUUCUCCUUCUUCAGGAGGCCCACAGCUCCCAGCUGCUGUGGAGGAAGAACUGCCAAGCGCUAACCUCUGACAAGAGCGCCCGUGUCAGCAGCACUGUGCAGCCCGACGGCACAGCAUUCCUGACGUUCCAGACCCUGGAGGCAGGCGACACCGGAAACUACACCUGCACUCUGUACCUGAGCGGGGAGCAGAAUGCAUCUUUCACUGUGAGGCUCAGCAUGGCAGACAGCCCUUGCAGACGGGCCCCUGAGUUUCUGUCUCCUGCAGGAGAACAGGUUCUGGAGCCCCAGCUGGGAGAUCAGCUCCUCCUGAACUGUACGGUUCGGAUCUCCUAUGACCAGAGAUACAACGCUUGUGCCUCCAUCGUUCAGUGGCUAAAGGAUGGCCAGCAGAUCCCCAGAGGCAGCCAGGACACAAGCAGCGAACUGGACUGGUUCAACAAUGACGCCUCCGAGAAGUUUCUGAGCAGCCUGCUUCAGGUGAACGUCACUCAGUACAGCAACUACGGGCACUACUCCUGCCUGGUGAGAAAUGCCACAGCUGGCUUCACCCUGCACAGACCAGGGAUCGCAAGCCACAUUGCUGGAGUGAUAGCUGCCUUCGUUGUGGUGCUGAUCCUUGUGCUGGCAGUGCUGUUGUGGGUGAAGUGCAGGCUGGAUGUGAAGCUCUGGUACAGAAACACAUAUGGAGACUAUGAAAUGUAUGAUGGAAAGCUCUAUGAUGCCUAUGUCUCCUACGUGAACACGGCUCAUGACAGGAAGUUUGUGAACUUCAUCCUAAAGCCUCACCUGGAGAACAGGUACAGCUACAAGCUGCACCUGAACGAUACAGACAUUCUGCCUGCCUCAGAACCCUCCGCCGAGCUCCUGAUGAACGUGAGCCGCUGCCGGCGCCUGAUUGUGGUUCUGUCCAAGUCUUACCUGGAGCAGGACUGGUGCGCAAACAACUUCAGGGAAGGCUUUUGGCGUCUCUUGGAGCUGAGUCACAAGCCCAUUUUCAUCAUGUAUGAGAGUCAGUACAGAGAGAUGAGUCACCCUGCCGCCCUGCUGCUGAAGGAGCACAAGAGAGACGUCACUCUGCUGCUGUGGAACUCCAAGUCCAUGACCCCCUCCUCGGAGUUCUGGAAGGAGCUGGUCCUGGUGAUGCCCCGCAGUGUGACCUACAGCAGCACCAUGGCCGACCCCCAGACCCUGCUGCAGGACGACAAGGACCCCAUGCUGACCCUGGACCCCGAUUACCUGGACUGUAGGGCGGACCCUGACCCAGAGGGAGACCUGGGCAUUCGAGUGCCUAUUUAUAAAGGACCCCCGCCUAGAGUAUCUGCCCUCCCCUGUACCGACCUCCCCUCUGCCACCCCGACGGCUGAGCUGAAACCCAGUGAAAUCGACAUCUCCGACCUGGGCUCCCGCAGCUACGCGGCGCGCACAGACUUCUACUGCCUGGUGACCGAUGAGGACGUCUAGCAUGUGUUUCUGAGAGAGAGAAGGCUCUACUGAACCCUCACGCUGGCAUGUCAGGGGUCUACACCUGCCCUUCUCUUCUUAGCAGCCCAGAGGCUCCUGUGUUUAUUCCUGUGGCCGAAUUUGCAGCCAGAUUUGUUCUUGGAAAGGAAGGAUUGUUACGCUAGGCUUUGCACAAAAACUUUUUCCCCACACCCCCACAAGUAUCUGAUGCAGCAUUCCUGCUUUCCUAUGACACAAGAGAUGGUAGUCAUAAUACAGCAAGCAGGGCACAAAUCUGCAGAGGAUUGAGCGAAGCUUCUAAUCAUGAAUGUGUGUAAAACUUUUAAAUAUUUGAGGAGACUUAAGGGAUUACUGUUAAAUACUACUAGAACAAAUUAUUAAUAAUAAUAAUAAUAAUAAUAAUAAUAAUAAUAGUAACCUCUUGUAAUAUGUUGAUGAAAUUGAAAAAUUAUCUUUAUUUUAAACCAGUUAAUUGCAUCCUAAAAUCAGUACACUUAUUAAUAGACCUAACAUGGCAUAAACAUUCCAAUCUACUUUCUCUUUUUAUUUCCAUUAUAUUUUAUGUUUGUUUUUCUUAAAACUUCCAUGAAAAGUGCCUACACUUAUGUAAACCAUGUACACAACAACAACAAAAAUAAAAGCCUAGUUUAUAAAAUAAAAUCAUCUUUAUAAUUAA